AUGGUGCCUAAGAAGCUUACUGACUGCCCGGAAAAUCUCCGGGAGGCCAUCGACUGGCUGAUCCAGGUUAGGCAUGGUGGUGGUGGCAGUGAUGGUCUUGGUGAGUUAUCGAAAGCUUUGCAAAAGCUGAUUGAGGAGGCUAUUGAGAAGGCUUAUACAACUAAUGUCGGUGCGCUUCUCAAGAUUCUCGAUUCUGCCAAGUCUUACACCUGUUGUGAGGGUAAAGUAGCUGAAAUUCGGAAACUUAAAGAUUCAAAAAAUCUUACCCCUGAAACUUUUGAAAACCUUAAAUCGAAAUGUGAAGACAUCAACAAUUGCACUAAAAAUCACUUAGAUUCUUCCCAACAGAAAUCCUACGAUGAGAUUGAGUCCAAGUUGGAACAGCUUAAAAAGCUUGGAGAUAGUCUUAAUGGGUUCACCGACGAAAGGCAAUGUAAAGACCUUUUAACGCAUCUAUGUGAUGGUCUUCAAACCUUCCUCGGCUUCAACCCUGACUCCAAAGGCUACGACGGCAAGGGUAUUGUGUACUCCGACCUGGACAGGCUGUGUGACGGGGUGAUGGGAUUUUUGUAUCAAACCAUGAAAAUGAUUGUAACUGAUCCUAAUGUAAUAACGUAUUAUGAUUCGUCAUCUGAGUAUGUAAAAAUUUUAGAAAAGCAUCUUGAUAACGGCCAUCAUGGCUUUUCAAUGAUGGUUUCAGCCAUGCUGGCUUGGCAUGGGUAUUAUGAGAAGGAGUUUAGUAGUAGAGUGAAAGCAAUUGUUGAUAAUGAAAAUGGAAAAUUAACAGCUUUGAGAGCCAAUAUUAAGACGAAUAUUAAUGAGGUCGGGAAAUUGAAGGAUCUUAGCACUAAGCCCUUUGAAGUGGUUGUCGACGAAUGGAAGGAAACUGUUACUAGGGGACUUGCCAUAUCAGUAAAAAAUGCCGAGUCGGCGAUUAAUAAUCUCGACAAACCACUUAGAAAUGAGAUAAUGGUAGAAUUUGAUAAGAUUAAGAUGCAGAUUGAUAAAUUAAACGAGUCUACCGUCAGGGAUGUAAAACAGCUCAACGAUUUGGCGCGCCAGGUUAAUUUCGAUCUAAACGAGUUGAAGAAGAGUGUCUACUUUGCGAUACAUACACGUGUUGGGGAUCUGCGUAAGAAGUUGACAGAGGAUUUUACUGCAAUUAAUGAAGAAAUUAAUACAGUCAGUGUUACUCUAGGACAAUAUGUAGAGGCCUUGAAGGUGUGGAUUCAGAAUGCUCAGUCAUUGGUCGAUAAAGCUAUUCCGCAAAUUGAAGCUAUAUUGAACGAGAUUGAUGAUAACGGUUCAAAAGGUCGAAAAUAUCCUGCGACGAUUAAAAAACAAGCCGGUGAAUUGAAAAGAAAAGCAGAUGCACUUUGGAGUGCAACAGGGGAAGUUAAAAGGGUUCUAAAACCAUUAGGGCAAAAUAUUAGAAGCGCCGUUGACACAUUAGAAUCUGUGUAUAAAAAGACUUUAAAAGACUUGCAACAGGCUGUGCAGUCUCAAGUUCACGAGGCGCAGAGGGUGCUUGGGGAGUUGGGAAGCAAAGUAAAAAGUGAUUUGGGGAAUGAUAUGUUCCAAAGACCUAUUAAAGAGGAAAUUGGGAAAGUCAUGAGUGCUUUCAAAGGGGGAAUCGGGAAAGCUCGGCAAGCUUCAGACUGGGCCGUAGAGAUCGUGCAAGGAUUCCGGGAAGGUUUGGCAUAUGAUUACAAUUCGGCGAAUGAUAGAAACACAUGGCUAUAUAAGUGGGCUGAUUCUACACAAAGUGAUAUACGCAAUGUAGUAGAGAAAUUAGGUGACUUGUCAAAAUUCCGGGCGGUGCUUAAUGCUCUGGAAAGUUCGACACAUGACGGAAAGAAUUUCUUCGAAGUCAUCACCGAAGAUCUCUAUAAGAAGCUUACGGAAGCGAUCAAUGCUAUAAAAGGGGAAUUGCCCAGAAGAAUGUCUAAUUAUAAUAACCAUGCUAAAAUGGGCGGUGCAAUUCAUAAUGCGAUUGGGAAGGUCAAGGAAGAUGUCAAUGGUUUUUUCUACGUAGAUGGUAGCAGAGAACAACAGGUAAGGCAAGAUAAACUUGAAGGUUAUAACAGAAACGGUGUAGAUGAUGAAAUCAAUAAGAUAGAAUCCGAGGGCCUACAGCAUUUCAAAAAAUUCGACCAACCUGACAAUGAAAUUAAAAACAACACCUUCAAUGAAUUAAAAUCUGCGAUCACCUCCAACCUCGAGGGUCUAAUCGAAGCUAUAAAGCAGAAUGCUGACCAUAAUGAAGACAACACAGGUAUCAAGCAAAAAUUGGAAGCGUUACAAAAUACGUAUUUCAAGCAGACCGAACAUGUAAAAAAUGAUAGUAUCUACAAAAUUUAUGCAGAUCUGGAAACUCUGCAGACUGUUAAUUUAGCCCAACUGAUAAGUAUGGCCCAAACAUUCCUUGUUGACACUAUUCCGAAGCAGGCGAAAGAAUGCAUCACAGCAAUAAAAAACCAUCUCAAAGCCGAGGUCAUUAAGACCGUUGAGAAUAUUAAAAUGGAUGCGCUGGAGCGAUACAUUGAGUCCAAAAGCCAGGAGCUUGGUGUAUUUAAAAAAUGCGUUGAUAGGCGGUGUGAUACUAUCACAGCUAUUAUUGACGAAGAUAUUAAGAGGGGCAUUAAAGGCCUGCUUGCGAUCGUAAAACAACAACUGAGUGGUACAGCAUUGCAAAUUGCGGAUCAAACCAAAUUAGGUGAUUUCCCUUCUAAAGUGCAAUUUCUUCUAGAGGCGUUCUGGGGGUACGUAGGUGGCCAACUUACGGGGAAUGAUGAUGAUGUUCUUUCUGCAUUCGUUGGAGUCAAAACCAAAAUGACCACGUUGUUCACCGACCUUACGCACUACAACCACGAAUUUAAAAAUAACCUACAUGAUUUUUCUAACGCACUCAGCAACUUAAAGCCGGAGCACUUCUGCGGUCAGUCGUCUCCACUCCUCGACGUUUUCAAGAAAGGUUGCGAAUCAAUGAUUGGCGAGUUGAGAAAGGCCUAUGUGGCCGCGUAUUCCGGUGCAUUCUCGAUAGACUGGAAAGGUCCGAAAACCGAUGAAAUAUCCCAGAACGGCAUUAACUGCGCCGAAAUCUUCUUCACCAUCCUCGUAUUUAUCUACAAGCAUUUUAUGACGCUUAACGAAAAGUGUGGUGAGAAAGGUGAAUGGCUCGACAAAAAAAUCUGCCUUUUGAACUCAACUAAUGCGUACAACAGCCUGGGCGAUUUUCUAGAGGAAUGCGGAUUUCAUGUCACAGAAAAGGAGGACACUCCAGACAAUGAGUUGAGAUGUCAUGGAAAUAUGAAGGGUUCCAAUAUGAUUCAGAGACUCACGCAAAAGCAGAUGGAGAGCACUGAAGAAAUUAAGCAUAUCCAGAAGUGUUCGACAGAUAAGAUUGAAAAAAGUAAAAAACAAUUCAAUUUUUUCGACAUUCUUCACUGUAUGUUCACCCACCUAGAAGAAUAUUACUCGCUGUGCCAUAUCGCAAAUCCGUCAUCGAAACAACCAUGCUCCGUCUUCGAAAUGCUGAAUUGGCUGGCCGGUUUGCAUUACACUGCUGUUUAUCCAAAGUUGUUGCGCGCCGGUAUCGAAAGCGUGUUUGUUAAGUCAGAUAAGCAGAAGAAUAAAUCCAUAGAGAGCCUUCAAGUCACAGUAGUUGACCAGGAAUCCUUAUCAUUGGCUGCCUACCCCAACAACAUAACAUAUUAUAACGUCAAAUCGGCAAUUGAGCAUAUUUGUUCAAAGUCCUACAUUGUUCUUACCUCCAUUGUCGGCACUGGCAACUCGGCGACCACGUAUGCUGUUAACUUUUGCACCAACUCCCUUGGAUUAAAAUAUCCAAUCUCAGGCGAGGAUUGCCUACAUACGGUAAUUGACAUAUGUCGUAAAGUAAUCCCUCCACUUAGAUUCUUGCAGACGCAAUGUAAAAUGAGUGCUCAGCACGGUGGAUGGGAGCAGUGUGGUUACGGCAAAGAUGUGCCGUCAGCCAAAUGGCCGUGUACAGAGAACGCAAUUGACCAACCAACGUGCCAACCAACAUCUCCAUUAAUGUCUUACUUAAAUGACUGUCUACCUGGCCAUUUACCUCACCUAUUAACCAGCGUGGGAUGUAAAUCAGAAUGUAAAACAUGUCCUAGCGGGAAACCCGGCAUGCCAUGUAUCACUCCCCUUGGAUUCAGGGGGUUCUCCGGAUCUACAUCUACGGGUAGAGACCUGUGUGACAUCCUCAAUGAAUUACUUGAUGACGUGGACCUUUCAGCGUUGUUAUGCGUGGUACCCAAGCCACCAUCCACGUUACCGGAGCACUUCGGCUUUGCGUUGACACUUGUUCAUGGCUGGUAUGAUGGUGCCAAGAAAAUCAAAAACAGUUUCCAGCGUCAUGUAUACGACGCCAUCACGAAACAGUCGAUUAGUCUAUAUCACGACCCCGGUGUACUGACAGAUGCACUGCGCAAAGCAUACUGUUCGCAACCGCCAAACUGUGGAAACGAACACAAAAAUGCGGAGCACUCUGACGUGUUUAGUUUGUCAUUGAACAAUUACACGAGACAAUGUUCCGGUGAAAACCAUUGCGCUCACUACAUCUACAGUUUAUCUUCCGACUCACAUUAUUACAUCGCUAACAAGCACGCCAGCGUGUGUCUGUCAUGGGCAUUGUACUUACCAUGGCAGUUUCACACUUACCUCAACUCUCUACUACAGGAAUUGAAGGAGAUCUUCUGCCGGGACUGGGAAUGCUCCAAGUGUUUGCAUGGCAAAAAAUGCAAACCUGGACAUCACGGAGUCAUCCAUACAAAAACGCAAAACUCCAGUUGCCAAUGCGACUCUGUGGUACGCUGCAGGGGUGUAUUACCGACGUUGUACAAAUAUGGCUUCACAUUUGGUGACCCGUCAGCUUUGAAUGAUGUGCGAGAUCCGAAGACUUGUUCCAACUUCUGCUCUCAAUUGGAGAAAGUUAUUAAAUCGUCAUACUUCACUGUCCUUUUCAAUGAAUGUGACAACUUCCUCUGGACCAUCCGCCUCCCCUUCUCCUACCUCCUUCUCACCCUCUGGCUCCUGUCUCUGCUCUACCUCAUCCACAUCCUCAUCAUCCGCCUCGACCUGCUCCACAUCAAAUCGCAUUUGCGUUCACCGUCAUCACAUCGCAUCGCUGCGCAAUCACUACUCGCCGCCGCACGUGUUGGCAAACUUGCCAAGAUAUCGUACCUGCAAACUUAA